UCUACCUAGAAAGAAAAUGUUGAACCUGGAUCUUGAGAUCCUACUGGCGGGUGAGGCAGGAGAAGACUGGAUUAAGGAGAAUUCUGACAGAAUAUGUACAAGUAUACAGGAACCGGAAUCCAGCUUACUGCACCUUGUAGAACUGUUGGGUCCUGUGCUUACACAUACAAAACCUCAGGUGAGGUCUGCAGGAUUACAUUUUCUGUCUUCAACCCUGGAAACCCUUCCUUUAACAUUCCUCACACAGGAAGAGCUCGAAGUUUUGGUCAGUUUUUACACAGAUCGUCUCAGGGACCAUCAUAGUAUUAUUCCACAAACUUUAAGAGGUUUACAGUGUCUGUGUAAAUCCUCCAACUUGAGUAGAGAUCAGCUGGAGAUUCUAUUGGACAGAUUGUUCCGUGAGUUGAUGGUGCAGCAACAAGUUGUCAGAGACAGAGCUGUCGUCUUCAAUAUUAUAUCUCAUUCUUUAUACAAUAGAUUUGAAUUUGCAAAAACUCUAGAAACCCAGAUUACAGUUGGAUUCCUCCAGGCUGGUGAGGGUGAGAAGGAUCCCAGGAACCUGGUGAACAUCUUCAACUGUUCCUCCUUCAUCCUCGACAACUUCAACGUUGACCAUCUCAGGGAGGACAUCUUCGAGAGUUUAGCAGUUUAUUUUCCAAUAGAUUUCACUCCACCCAAGGGAUUAACAGUAUCUGUCAGCAAGGAAGAUUUGAUCCUGAGUUUAAGACGAGGAAUAACCCACCCUGGUCUGCUGGAAUUUAGUGUUCCUUUGUUCAUGGAGAAACUAGAUAGUGAGCUAGAAUCAGCAAAGAUUGAUAGUGUGGAAUCUCUUUGCGAGCUGGUUAAAAGAUGUUCCGAAGCAGAGGGAGGGAAGGUAGAUUGGUUAAAAGACAAUGGGAAGAUACUGGAACUAGUCUGGAACGGAUUAAAGAAAGAACUGCUGGGGAUACGGGUCCAGGCUACGGAACAGCUUGUUUUCCAGAUCAGACAAUUACUCACAAGAGUUAGUUACUUCCUGGAGACGGAUGUUGGAGGAUUGAGAACUCCGGAUGCAGUUGGAGGUUGGAGGAUGUGGUUUGGUUGGGUCUGGAGGGAUCUUAAACCUCAUCUUUCCGCAGCAGGAACCAGACUUAUAGCUGGAGCUAUUGAUAUCCUUGCAUCUCUAGCAGGAAGUGGAAAAGUGCAAGGUAGAGAUGUGUUAAACAGUUCUCUGCCAGUUCUUCUCACCACGUGGAGAUCAGCUCCGGAGGAUGCCAGAAAUCAGCUGAUUUCCUCAAUAAGUCAGCUGCUGGUUGCGUCUGCACAGACUGGUCCCGGGACGGAUAUCUCUGGGCUGGAUGAGAUUGUUGGUCUAUACCUGGAGACAGGGAAUUUGACCGGGCUGGCUGCUGCAACUGGGGUUCUUAGUUCACAACACAGGACUGAAUUGUGUGCGAGUCUCCUAGACCAUGUGAAGAAUAAUAAACCCUGUGGACCUGCACUAGUUUAUCUGGCAAAGUGGGAUACUGAGCUAGUGAAGGAGAAUCUUGUUCCCAGGUUCCUGGAGCUGGGGGAGCAGGGUUUAUUACCGUUGGCAGAUAUACAGGAUGCUGGUCUACUUAAUCUAUCACUACCCCGUGUAUCAGAGCGCCUAGAAACCUACUCAACAAGUUCUAUCCUAGAAUAUAUUAAUAGAGUAGCAAGCUAUACAUUCACAACUACAGAUAGGAUGAAUCUAUGUGAAGAGACGGGUUCUAUCCUAUCUUCUCUUCUCUCUUGGUCCUCUCGUCCUACUCUCACAAACUCAAGGUCCAUCACAUCGUUCUGUACAGUACUGCAGAAUCUUGCCUCAAUCCUAGACGAAGAACAUGUUCAUGUACUCACAGAUAUUGGAAUCUUAAAUAUGAUACGAGAAGCUCACACUAAUACAGGUUGUCUACUAGAACUAGAAGCUCUGGUUUCAAGUCUGAAUCCCUCUGUUCUGAACAAACUACCAGAAAUAGUUGACAAGGUUCUUGAACUACCAGCAUCUUGGCAACUAAAGGCUAGCCUUGUCAAUAAACUGCCACACCUCUCCUCUAAGCUGGAGGGGGUGGAGAGCCCCGAGGGAGUGGGACAGAUCUCACACGCCCUCGUUCUAAACGGAAACCCAUCGUGUUCAAACUGGAUGAAGAAAUUAUUGCAUUUAUUAGACGAUUCUGAAAAAGGGUUACCUGCCGCAUCAUGCUUCAAGUAUAUGUUAAGCCCCGCCCCCUGGCUCCACCCUUCCUCAUCCUUCCUAUUCAAGCAGAGGGCGUGGUCCACCCUCCAUCCUCCCCUUCUAACCUCGGCUAACCUUCCUAACAAUAUCAAUCACCUGACCGCUCUUAUAAACCUUCUACCCGAGGUUCCCCGCCCACUCCUGGAACCUGUAGUCCCCGCCCUACUCCCUCUGGUCACCAAGGCACUAAGGCAGGAGGCCACUGCUCUGUCUGCCUUGUCAUGUUUGGUUGACCUCAUUCAAUCCUCACCCAACCUUGUCUCAUCAUAUAUUCAUGAUAUUGUUCCUCGCUGCCUAGAUCUGUGUGUUCCCCCCUCCCCUCUCAAUACAAGACUUAAAGCUCUAGUUUGUUUACAUUCCCUGGGAUCGAUAUCCAGCACAGUUACUGUCACCCUGGCCAGACCAUAA